AUGAACAGUAUCACGCAGCUGGAGAUAUAUGCGAAUGAGCUUGCUUGUGCAGCCCGGAGUAUUGUCGCACACUGCCAGAAUGCAGACAUCGUCUCUUCCGGACCUCAAUUCAGCAUCCAUGAAGAUGCCCCGGAACAAAUUCACCAAAACCGGCGAAAGAUAUUAGCCAACGUUGCUAAAAUACAAGUGCUGCUGGGAGAUUCAGAGGACUUUUUGCAAAGAAUGGCCAUGGAGAUCCAGAUGCUCGCUAACGUUCAGUGGCUGAGCAGUCUGCAGGUUCUGAUCUGUCUACCCCUCGGAGGUACCCUCGCUAUCAAAGAUCUAGCUCAACUAUCCGGAGUCCAAGAGACAGAGCUUGCCCGCGUGCUGCGCCUGACAGCUUCUCGCGGCUUCCUGCAGGAGCCACAACCGGGCCACAUUAUGCACACACGCUUGUCGAGCCGAUUCGUCUCCCAUCGUCGCUUUCGAGAUGCCACUACAUUCCUCGCCGAUUGCGUCACACCUAGUGCCUUGCGCAUGAAGUCCACGGUGCAGCAUUCCACGACCGUGGGCAUUCCACGUGAGAGUGGAUACCAAUUGGCCUUUUCGACCUCUGUCCCUUUCGCUAAGGCCUGCAGUCUGGCCCCCAGGUUGCAACGUCAGUGGACCGCUUUCCUCCAGUAUACAGAAAAUUUUGAUAAAAGAAUCACCGAGGUUCUCACUCGCCUAGACUGGGGUAAUUUAGGCGACACCUGCAUCGUCGAGACCGGAGCCCAAUCCACCGAAACCGCUCGACUCCUAUCAGAGCUAUACCCCGCUCUGCAGAUCCUUGUCCAAAUUGAAGCAAGCAAUUCGAUUUCAGCCCGCGAACCGGCGCCUCAACUGGAGAUCCCAGAAUUGGAGGCCUACAACACCCGGAUAACUGUCCAGACACGAGUCCUUGGCACUCCCCAACCAGUCGUAGAUGCAGCCGCCUAUAUAUUGCAUCUUCCUUCUUCUGCCUGCGGCUCAUCACGACCAAUUGUUCUAAAUGAUUUACAAGCUUACUGUGCAAUCCUAUCAGGUUGUCGCCACACCAUGCUGAUCGUCACGGCCCGCAUGCUGCCGCCACCGGGUACGGUGGACCGCGAGAUCGAGGCCCUAGCGCGGAUGCGCGAUCUGACCUUGUUUCAGCUAGGGGUGGACCGAGACCCUGAAGUCGCCGAAGUAGUGGAUUUAGUGGGUUCGGUCGGUGAUUCUCAAGGCCGACUGGUGGUGGUGGAUCGACUGAAAGCACGCAAUCACGUCACUGUGGCGCUGGCCAUAAAGUACCAAGGAUGGUCUGAGCUUGAUGCAGUCCUUCUGGAGUCUGGCCUAUUAUAG